AUGAAGAUCGCAGCUCUCGCCGCCACCUUCGUCCUGGCCCUUGUCCCCAGCGUGUCCGCCUGGCGCGUGUAUUUUUACCAGCUCAAGGAGGAACAGGGUCCCUCUAUCACUAAUGGCGGACCUGGAAAUCCCGGAUUCAAGUGCUUCCCUAACGUCGACCCUCUCAACCAGAAGAUUUCGUCGAUGAGGUACUACUCGGACAAUCCGGAGGGCACCACCCGCUGCUGUAUCAAGUUCUACGACAGCCCUGGCUGCAAGGGCGACUUUGGCUAUGAGUUCUGCCGCAACCAGUUCGUCAACUUUGCCGACAUUGGUCAUGACAAUGAUGUGAGCUCCUACUCGACCAACUGCGUCAGGAUUUGA